AUGAGCUCGCAGCAAUCCGCGCUCCGCAAUCACACUCGCAAGCCCUCCCACCAGAAUGGCGAGCAGAACCUCUCGCUAGACCUCGACCCUUAUGCCGCGCCUAGCGUCUACUACGGCGGGAGCCACAGCCCUAGAAAGGUUGCAAAGAGUCGCACAUACUCAGCUAUUGAUCCUCCUGGUUCUGAACCACUAGCACACACAUUCAAGGCACCCGCGAGGCGAACGAGCCACGAUGCACAGGGUAAUGCCCCUCGCCGCUAUCUCAUCAAUGUUGAUGAUUGCCUGAAGUCCCUCUUGUCGCGGGAGGACACCGACAACAACGUCCAGAUCACCAUUGAGGACAGCGGGCCAAAGACGAUCGAGCUUGGAACAGCCGCUUCUGGUGGCUACAAACGCUUCGAUGUCCGCGGCACAUAUAUGCUCAGCAAUCUCUUGCAGGAGCUUACGUUGGCCAAGAAGUAUGGCCGUAAGCAGAUCGUACUCGACGAGGCCCGUCUGAACGAGAACCCGGUCAACCGCAUGGCUCGCCUUAUCAAGGACCAGUUCUGGCCGAAUCUCACCAGACGCAUGGAUGGGUCCAACAUUGGUGCUGUCGGAAAGGAUCCCAAAGACUGGACAGCAGACCCUCGGCCUCGCAUCUACAUUCCACCUGGAGCUCCAGAGCAGUAUGAGUACUACACUCGGAUUGCCAAGGAACAUCCCGAGAUAAGACUCGAUGUCCAAUGGCUGAAGGAUGGAGGACCAGACGACGAUGAAUAUGUGCGUGACCUCAACAGCGCCCCUGGUAUCCUGGCCAUUGAGAUGGAACGCGUUGAGGACACACCAAAGGGAGAAAUUGAUUUCAAGGGCCUGCCUUUCGUUGUUCCUGGCGGUCGCUUCAACGAGCUCUACGGCUGGGACAGUUACAUGGAGACGCUGGGCUUGCUCGUCAACGACCGGGUGGACCUUUGCGAGUCCAUGGCAAGACAUUUCUGUUUCUCGAUUCGCCACUAUGGCAAAAUCCUGAACGCCAAUCGUUCAUACUAUCUCCGCCGCACUCAGCCGCCCUUCCUUACAGACAUGGCACUCCGCAUCUAUGACAGGAUAAAACACAGACCUGACAGUCUCGACUUCCUCCGCAGGUGUAUCCUCGCCGCCAUCAAGGACUACUAUGCGACUUGGACGUCGAAACCGAGAUUCGAUGAAGAGUCUGGUCUUUCGCGAUACGUGCCAGGCGGUCUUGGUGUACCACCGGAGACAGAGGCAACUCACUUCGUUCAUGUCCUGUCACCAUACGCCAAGAAGCACAACAUGAGCUUCAACGACUUUGUCCAUGCCUACAAUUAUGGUCAUGUUUUCGAGCCGGAGCUUGACGAGUAUUUCCUGCACGACCGAUCGGUGCGUGAAUCAGGACACGAUACCUCAUACCGCCUGGAGAGGGUUAGUGCCCAUCUCGCUACGGUCGACCUCAACUCGUGUUUGUACAAGUACGAAGUCGACAUUGCACGCACUAUCCGUGCAUUCUUCGGCGACAAGCUCUGCAUUCCCAAGGAGUGGCACAUGCCUGGCCACCCGGACUUCGAGACUUCAUCGACUUGGGAUCGCCGUGCCAAGAAGCGACGCCAGCAGAUGGACAAGCUCAUGUGGAACGAGGAGGCUGGCAUGUUCUUCGACUACAACACUGUGAAGAAGGAACAGACUGGGUAUGAGAGUGCAACGACUUUCUGGUCCAUGUGGGCUGGCGCUUGUACACCUCGUCAAGCCUCAGUUCUGAUCGAAAAGGCAUUACCUAAGUUCGAAGUUCACGGCGGUCUUGUUAGCGGUACGGAGAAGAGCCGUGGCCCAGUAGGUGUUCACCGACCGAACCGUCAAUGGGACUUCCCAUUCGGCUGGGCACCUCAACAGAUCCUUGCCUGGACUGGUAUGCUACGUUACGGCUUUGAGGAGGAAGCACAGCGAUGCGCUUAUCGCUGGAUCUAUAUGUGCACCAAGGCCUUUGUCGAUUUCAAUGGCGUCGUAGUCGAGAAGUACGAUGUUACAAGACAGGUCGAUCCUCACAAGGUUACCGCUGAAUACGGCAAUCAAGGUGGUGACUUCAAGGGUGUGGCAACAGAAGGCUUUGGCUGGGUCAAUGCAUCCUACGUCUACGGCUUGCAGAUCCUCAAUGCCCAUAUGAAGCGUGCCCUGGGUGCCGUCACCACUUGGGACACCUUCAAGAAGAUGACAGAAGGUGAAGAUUCUGGCGACAUUUUGCUGGAUCCCAAGCACCCGGCAUCCCAAAUUCAUGCAGCCGAGCACCAUUCGGCACCGGUACAAUACGCACAUGGCGGCGAGGCUCCUGUAACCCCAGCGAACCUGGCGUCGAAGCAUGACGAUGUCAACCGCGGCUCCACCGUUGGUCUCACGCCCGGGACGAUACCGCCAGCGCAUGCCUGGGGAUGA